AUGGCCAAGCGAGCGUGGCUCUCAUGGCUCUCAUGUCUCUCAUGGCUGGUGGCUUGUAAGGCCCAGGAAAUCGAGGGACUCUGUGGAGGUGCUACAGGUGCUCGGAGCAGGAGCCUGGCGCAGCUUUGGGUCCGCGGAGCUGCGUCAGCUGACUUCGGCCCCUGCGGGGACUCUGCUGGCGCGGCCCUGAGAACGGUGACGCUGCUCGUCCACUGCCGCCAGACGCGAGAGAUCUGCGAGCUCCGGCGCCCUCUGAUCCUCUCCUACGUGCCCUUCUUCAAGGAGGUUCGGUGGCUGCUGUCUUGGCCCAAUUCCACUGAAGAACUGCGUGCAAAGGAACACCUCUGCGAGAAGCAGGGGGAUCCCUACCUCUGCGUCACGAAGGUCGCAGCAGUGGUGGAGGCCGUUGGGGGCUCGUCGGGCAUCCUGUACAUGCACUUUGACGCCGUGCUGGCGCCCUGCUCCUUCGCGCGGCGCUUCGACCCCGGGAAGAUUGGCACCUUCGGCUCCCGGGCCCAGCUUCGCUGGGGCACCUUCGCCUCCCUAGACCGCUGCAACGCGCCCAACGCGUCGCACGUGGGCUGCGCGUGGCAGGCGUGGCAUCUCUGGGACGUGAACCGCGAGCCGUUGGCGGGUGCCCUCUCGGAGAUGCGGCUCGAGCUGCCGCUUCCGGCGCAGCUGUCCCAGGGCUGCUGGCUGGGAUACGAUGACUUCUUCUACCUCCCGCGCGGGGCGUUUCGCACGUACGGGGCCCUGGCGGAGGUCUUCGCGCGCCACAACAUACACCACGAGAUCGCGGGGCCAACUGCCUUGGCCGUGACCCAAAACAUAAGUGGCCUGGAGAUGCAGGACUUCGCUUGCAAGCUUGGGGUUCUGAAGCCUCUCCCACUCGAGGAGGUGACCGCGCCCGACUUCGCGUGCGGCCAUGAGGUGCACUACCAGGAGACGGGCAUGGUGGAGGCUGUAGAUGCCCUGAUCAAGGGCAGCAGAAGCCUGUCUCUCCUCCAAGGACUCAGAGCAACCGAAGACGGAGGAGGAGAAGGGAAAGGAGGCAUGGCUGGCAUGCGCGUGUCUGGCUUGGACUGGGGCAUCUUCGGGGAGCUGCCUGCCCUUUGCGCCUUCCUUCUGGCCGGCGUCGGCUUCGUUUACCUGCGUCCGGAUGUCACAAGCGAUCACAACCGGACCCUGUUCUCCUACUUCGUCUGCACCCUCUAUGUUCUGAUCUCGGUCGUCAUCGACCUGUCCAUGGCUGUUCAGUCUACGCACGCACCGCCGAACGAGAACUACAGCUUCGAGCCCAUGUGCGCAGUGCUUCUGACGGAGCUCCUUAAGCUCGUGAUCUCCACCUGCCUGAUCCUCCACGACCGCGCAAGGCGCGGAACUCCGGUGGCCCAUCUUCCGAGCGCCGGAGAUGUCGCGUGGCUCGCGCUGCCUGCCCUGAUCUUCACCUUGAACAACAUCUUAGUUUGGUGGGCCAUCGGGAACAACGACAUCUCCACCUUUGGGGUCUUCCGGGACAGCAUGAUCCUUUGGACGGCCUUCCUGUGGCGCAUCACCUUCGGACUUCCCCUGGGGAAUGUGCGCCUUCUGGCCAUUCUGGUGAUGGUGCUUGGCCUGGCCCUAAACCAAGUGGAAAACUUGCUCAGGAGCCGCCUCUCCUGGCCCCUUGUGCUCGUGCUGCUGAUGACGGCCUGCAAUGCGUUCGGCUCCGUGCUCAAUGAGUUCGCGCUGAAGCGCAAGGUUGGCAUGGACAUCAACAUCCAGAACGCGGUGCUCUACGCGGCGACGGUGCUGUUCACCGGGGCCAUGAUCAUGAUUUCGGGAAGAGGCGCGCAGCUCAAUCAGUCUGGCUUCUUCCAUGGCUUCACCCGACACACCAUGUUCACCGUGACUAUGCAGGCCCUUGCGGGUCUCACGGUCUCCAGGAUACUCAAAUAUUCGGAUGCUGUGCAAAAGAACAUCGCCGCGUGCCUACGAGGCCCAAUUCUGGUGGUGGUCUCACCAGCUUUUGUCCAGUCCUCUGCAAAUGGGCUCACACUUGUCUCUGCCGCGAUCGUGGCCACGGGCUGCGGCAUCUACUUGAACCAAGGACCUCUCACGCCCAUUUCUACGAAGGCCGGGAGCAACAAUGUGUCCGGUUGA